AUGGGCCCUCCAGGAGGGGGCAGGAACCCUGUCACUGCCCGGCUCCUGAGACAUUUUAAUUUCCUGGCUUUCACUGCCAUGGAGGAUGCCAGUCUGUUUAAGAUAUUCAGCACUAUUCUAGAAUUUUGGAUAAGUGAGUUCCUUGUACACUCUUAAAAUUACCGGGCACCACAACACAUUGACAGAUGGACACAAGGGGGGGGGGGGGCUGAGGUGGUUGUGGUAGGACGGUUGUGUGACGGAGAACUGUUACAAGUUUCAAUAAUAUGUGGUUUGUGGAAGUUAACAAAAAGGAAAGCUUAAACCCCCUUGAUUUGACCUGUCACAGGUGAAAGAGAUAACCCAAUCAACAAAAUACAUCCACAACAGUUCAUAACACGAUAACAUACAACUUGACAAGUGCUAAAGGGGGGGGGGGGCGGGAAAGACAUUUGUUAUAUCCUCUAACUGCAAGCAACCUGUAUGUGUACUUGACAGGCAGCUGUCCAACCAUCGCCAACCUGUGCAACCAGCUGGUCCUCUCCAGCAUCAGCAUGUACAACAUUGUCCAGAAGCAGAUGCUGCCCACACCGGCCAAAUCACACUACACCUUCAACCUGAGAGACCUCUCCAAAGUCUUCCAGGGCAUCCUGAUGGGAGACCAUGAUGAGAACAAGGUUCAUUCUUGAUUGUAGUCCUUUCCUGUUUGUACAUGCUACAAGCAUUUUAAAAAAUUCACAGUCAAAAAUUGUUUUCACUACAUUGUAGAAAUUGCUGUUUUUUUUAAUGGCUCAGUUCAUUCUUUGAUUUGUUUCUUCCAAUAAUUUCAAUAUUUAAAUCAAUGAGCCCAUCAAUCUUCUAUUUACUUGGUGUUUUAGAUUACUGUGUGUUAGUUACUGUUGCAUGCAUUUCAUAACAUUACACUCUGAUGGAUGAUAGAGCUUUUACUGAUGAGUUUAUAAAAAUUGUAGGCACUGCUAGCAGUAGAACAAGGGGAGCUUUAUUUAUCGAGCCAAAACCUCCACAGACUGUGAAAGACAUUCUGCGCCUCUGGUACCAUGAGUGCUGCCGUGUUUUCCAAGACCGCCUGGUGGAU